AUGUUGGCUAUUUUAAAUUUUCCAAUGAUGACAAUGCUGCUCUUUAGUAUUGUUUAUUCAUCAACAGGACUUAUUCCGCAAUGUGGCAGCAAUAGAAAUUGUUGCAAGACUGCUGGUGCACUUAAAAAUGCUAAUUUUAUUGGCAAAGAGAGAAAUAUUAUGACAGCAAUAGCCUAUUAUGAAAGUGUUUGGGGUUUACGUAAGGGUCCGAAUAGAAAUCCAGACGGUAGUACAGACAAUGGCUUAUUUCAAGUUAAUAGUUAUACAUGGUGUAGUUCAUCAGGAAAACAAAAUGAUUGCUGCUGUCCAGGAACUUUUCCUAACUGUCGAAAAAGUUCAAGAUUACGUACAUGUCGAUGCGGAUGUCGCCUUAGUUGUUCACAAGCAGUAUCAAAUAAUGCUUUAAAUAUUCAAUGUGCUAGAAUUAUUCUCGGACGACAAGGUUAUAGAGCAUGGGCAGGAUACAAUGCCCAUACUGCUGAAUGCAACUCAUACGAUAUAUUUAAUGGUUUAUGUUCUGCUGGAAGUUGCUGUUCAGAUAUAUUUCCCGGUUCUGUUUGUUGUCCUCAGUCCAAUCCUCGUAAGCAAGGUUGUUGUCCAUCUACACACAAAGUAUGUUGUCGGGCACCUUAUCAAAGUACUUGUUGUUCUGCAACAUAUCCCGUAUGUUGUGCACGUGGUUGUUGUCCAGCAGGAACACAUUGUUGUGGAACAAACCAAUGUUGCUCCCAAAAACGUAGCUAUAGUAUAAUAUCGAAUCAAACUAUAGCCAAACCAGUAUUAAAUAUUGAAUAUUAA